AGGAGAAGAGAGAGAGAGAGUGAGUGAGUGAGAGAGAGAAGGGAGUGUGUGUGUGCGCGCGUAUGUGUAUGUGUAUGUGUGUGCGUGCGUUUGUAUGUAUGUGCACGAGAACAAGCGAUCUGAGACUUGACAAAACCUUCAAAGAUACCAACGGGGAAUUAAUUCUGCAUGAAGUCUACCUGGAUCCGAGACUUCUCGUUUUAAGAGAGCGAUGUUUUCGGUUGGAAGUUACUCUUUGCUUUUCCAAGGCUGGAUGUGUUGGACAACCUUUAACUGUUCAGAAGUGGAAAAAAAGUUUUGUUGAUGAAACUAAAGGGCUGAUUUCUUUCUUUCUUUCUUUUUUUUUCUUCUCUCUUCAAUCUGAAGCCUGCCCGUGGAUCACAGGAAUCAUGUUUGCACUGUUCCGUAACCUGGGUUUUGCAUCCAAGGUUUGAGUACCUCGAACUGGGAAUAACCGAGGGACAAUUGUUUUCUUCUGGUUGUUUUUUCCCCCUUGAGUUUCUCCCCCAAGGGACACGGGGUUCGUCACUUUGAUUCAUCCUGUACAUACGCGCCUGCUGCUGGGGCAAAAAGGCAGAUCGCAUUUUCACGGAGCUUUGCCAUUCAAGCAGCAGCAGCAGCAGCAGCAGCAGCAGCAGCAGCAGCAGCAGCCACAAUAGCAGCCACAUUUCUGAGCCUUUUGAAGGCCGAAGGCAUUGCUUGUGGUCCAUGCUUGUUUAGAGGUGUUCAGAUGGGAUUAACGUCCACAUGGAACUAUGUAAAAGGACCCGGGAUUGGCACAGUGAAGAUGGUCAGCUGGGGUCGAUUCAUGUGCCUGGUUUUAGUCACCAUGGCAACAUUUUCCCUGGCCAGACCAUCAUUCAAUUUAGUUGAAGAAACCACCUUAGAACCUGAAGAGCCACCAACCAAAUACCAAAUCUCUCAGCCAGAUGUAUAUGCUGUCCUGCCAGGAGAGCCCCUUGAAUUGCGCUGCUCGUUGAAAGAUGCCAUCAUGAUCAGUUGGACUAAGGAUGGGGUACAAUUGGGGCCCAACAAUAGGACAGUUCUUUUUGGGGAAUACUUGCAGAUUAAAGGCGCCAUUCCUAGAGAUUCCGGCCUCUAUGCUUGCACUGCUGCUAGGACUGUAGACAGUGAAACCUUGUACUUCAUGGUCAAUGUUACAGAUGCAAUUGCCUCAGGAGAUGAUGAAGAUGACAAUGAAGGUUCUGAGGAUUUUGUCAGUGAUAACAAUAACAUGAGAGCACCAUAUUGGACCCAUACAGAGAAGAUGGAAAAGAGGUUACAUGCUGUCCCAGCAGCUAACACAGUGAAAUUUCGAUGUCCUGCUGGGGGAAAUCCUAUACCAAGUAUGAGAUGGUUAAAGAAUGGGAAAGAAUUCAAGCAAGAGCAUCGUAUUGGUGGAUACAAGGUACGAAAUCAGCACUGGAGUCUUAUCAUGGAGAGUGUGGUUCCAUCUGACAAAGGAAAUUAUACAUGUAUAGUUGAAAAUGAAUAUGGAUCCAUCAACCACACAUACCAUCUUGAUGUUGUUGAACGAUCUCCCCACCGGCCCAUCCUUCAAGCGGGACUACCAGCAAAUGCUUCUACAGUGGUUGGGGGUGAUGUGGAGUUUGUCUGCAAAGUCUACAGUGAUGCUCAGCCCCAUAUCCAAUGGAUCAAACAUGUAGAAAGGAAUGGCAGUAAAUAUGGGCCAGAUGGAUUACCAUACCUUAAGGUUCUAAAGCAUUCGGGGAUUAAUAGUUCCAAUGCAGAAGUGCUGACUCUGUACAAUGUGACUGAGGUGGACGCUGGAGAAUAUAUUUGUAAGGUCUCCAAUUAUAUAGGGGAGGCCAACCAGUCUGCCUGGCUCACUAUUCUGCCAGAUGAACAAGCACCUGUAAGAGAAAAGGAAUUUCCAGCUUCCCCAGAGUACCUGGAGAUAGCCAUUUACUGCAUAGGGGUCUUCUUAAUUGCCUGUAUGGUGGUGACAGUUAUACUGUGUCGAAUGAAGACAACCACCAAGAAGCCGGACUUCAGUAGCCAACCAGCUGUGCACAAGCUGACCAAGCGCAUCCCCUUGAGGAGACAGGUAACAGUGUCUGCUGAUUCCAGCUCCUCCAUGAACUCCAAUACACCAUUGGUGAGAAUAACAACCCGACUGUCCUCAACGGCUGAUGCCCCAAUGUUGGCAGGGGUCUCUGAGUACGAAUUGCCUGAGGACCCAAAAUGGGAGUUUCCAAGAGACAAGCUGACGCUGGGCAAACCCCUUGGGGAAGGUUGCUUUGGGCAAGUUGUAAUGGCAGAAGCGGUGGGAAUUGACAAAGACAAGCCUAAAGAAGCUGUUACCGUGGCAGUGAAGAUGUUGAAAGAUGAUGCUACAGAGAAAGAUCUUUCUGACCUAGUAUCAGAGAUGGAGAUGAUGAAAAUGAUUGGAAAACACAAAAAUAUCAUAAAUCUUCUUGGAGCCUGUACCCAGGAUGGUCCACUGUAUGUGAUAGUUGAGUAUGCUUCUAAAGGAAACCUAAGAGAAUAUCUCCGAGCCAGGAGACCCCCUGGGAUGGAAUAUUCAUUUGACAUUAACAGGGUACCAGAAGAACAGAUGACUUUCAAAGACUUGGUAUCCUGCACAUACCAACUAGCAAGAGGAAUGGAAUAUUUAGCAUCACAAAAAUGCAUUCACCGAGACUUAGCGGCCAGAAAUGUUUUGGUGACAGAAAACAAUGUGAUGAAAAUAGCAGAUUUUGGUUUGGCCAGAGAUAUCAACAACAUAGAUUACUACAAAAAGACCACAAAUGGACGACUCCCUGUCAAAUGGAUGGCUCCUGAGGCUCUUUUUGAUAGAGUGUACACACAUCAAAGUGACGUCUGGUCAUUUGGAGUGUUAAUGUGGGAGAUCUUCACUUUAGGGGGAUCCCCCUAUCCAGGAAUCCCAGUGGAGGAACUCUUUAAGCUGCUUAAGGAAGGCCACAGGAUGGAUAAACCAGCUAACUGCACCAAUGAGCUGUACAUGAUGAUGCGGGAUUGUUGGCAUGCUGUUCCUUCUCAAAGACCAACAUUCAAGCAGUUGGUAGAAGAUUUGGACCGAAUUCUCACUCUCACAACUAAUGAGGAAUACUUGGACCUGAGUGGACCUCUGGAACAGUAUUCACCUAGUUAUCCUGACACUAGAAGCUCAUGUUCUUCAGGAGAUGACUCUGUAUUUUCUCCAGAUCCAAUGCCUUAUGAACCAUGCCUUCCCAAGUAUCAACACAUAAAUGGCACUGUUAAAACAUGAAAAUAAACAAACAAAAAGAGUUCUCACUUCUUCAAAGAGAAGGACACUUGGGAACCCAGAACACCAACCUACCUACGAUGAGCAGGGAGAUGUUUUCUCCAGGAAUGUGUUGUUUCGGCUUGUAUAUAUGAAUAAUAAGGAACAAAUAAUACUUGGAGAAAAAAAUGGUCGGGACACGUGUAAGGAUUUAUACAUUUUGAAGCUCUUAGACCUUCACCAGGAAAAGAUGAAUGUUUAUGGGGAGUGGACCGCAUCGCCUAGCACACCACAUCAACUUUCUGGCCUGCUGGAAGCAGCAACUGGAAAUUGACUGGCAAUGGACUGUUUGGACUUGAGGCGAACACAAGUUCUGCCUUUCUUGUUUAUUUUGUAAUAUGUGGAGAAAAUAUAUGUCGGCACCUACUUACAGAGCACAAAUGCAGUAUAUAGUGCUGGAUGUAUGUAAAUAUAUUCAAAGUAUGUAUAAAUAUAUAUAUAUAUUAUAUUUACAAUGAAUUAUUUUUUGUAUUGAUUUAAAGAUGGAUGUCCCAAUGCACCUAGAAAAUUAGUCUCUUUUUUUUAACAGCUAUUUGAUAAAGGCUGUUCUACACAGAAUUUCUUAAUUUUCACCCAACAAAGGUGGAAAAAGACUUUGCUUUCAGGGAAAAUGGUAUAACAUUAAUUUAUUAACUAAUUGGUAAUGUACAAAACAAUUAAUCUUUUAUUUUUUUUGUAAUUUAAAUGGCAUUUCUAUGCAGGCAGCACAGAGACCUAGUUGGUAUAUUGCUCAGACUUUACUAGCUAUCAGAUCCUUUGAAAAAAAAAGAAAUAUUUACAUUAUAUAACUAAUUGGGGGGAAUUAAGCUUUGAUUUAUUUGUGUUUAAACUAUAGUGUCAGAUGAUUAUUCUUAUCCAACCCAAAAUGUCCAUAGUAAAAGAAUCCUUUAAUAAGAAGGUAUUAUAUUUUUCGUAUCAUUGGUAUCUGUCAUUGGAACCUAUGUAACAUUUAAUUGUCCUUCCCAGGAUAAAUAGUAUCAUGGUUCUCUUAAGAAGAUGCCUUAAUCCAUUCCUAGAGGAUGGAGCUGACUUGUAAUGAUAGCAGAAUGUACUUCUCUCCUGGCAGCUGGGCUUCUGCCCCCAAGUUGCACAUUAAUCAGAUUAGCUAGUACUCUCUUCAGUGAGUUUUGAUAAUAGGUUCCAGAUUCUUUGGCCUUAAAAGAAGCCUUUUAGGAUCCUAAAAUAUUACCAAUAAAAAUUAAAAUGCAAAGUUAUUCUGCUGACGAUUUAAGAAUACUACCAUCUUUUUAAGGGAUUGCUUCACCCUCUCUCCAACAGGACCUCACCCAAAGAUCAGGCUUAGUACUGAUGUCAUAGGAAAGAUCACUGUAUUAAUCAUUUUGUAUUAAAGUAUUGUGUUUUGCUUUCAAAACACCCACUCACUUUGUUAUAGCCAUGCGGUAUGAAUGCAGAUUACACUGAUUUUACGUAUUAAAAAAUUGGAGAAAGUAUUAAAAAUUGUUAACUUUUGUACUGACAAUAAAAUGUUUCUACAGAUAUUAAUGUUAACAUGACAAAAUAAAUGUCACGCAGCAUAUUUUUUUAA